AGUUCUUUCCUGAUCCACAUCUCUCUUGCUUUAUUCCUCUUAUUUACUUUUGUCUCUAAAUUCAUAUCAGUGUGGACAUUAGUAUUCUAGGAAUAAUGUUGGUCCGUCAGAAUGUUCUCAUCGUUGUGUUCUUUGGGAUGGUAUUGAGUGGGCUCAUUUACCUGAACAAUAUGCAGUGCAUCUGCAAUCAGCAGAUAACAGAACAAGACCUUGAUAACUGCAGUCAGCAGAUAACUGAACAAGGCAUCAUCAAGCCAAAAUGGAGGCAAAAGAUCAUUGAAUUGCGCUCAUCACCAGGGUUAUUGUACAACCAGCCGAGUGUGGUGGCUGGUCGGACAGAUGUUGCUUCUGCGUCACCAUGGUCAGCUCCAAUCAUUUGGGAGGGAACCUUUGACUCCACACUGAUCGACUCCAUCUACAAACAACAAAAUCUCACCAUAGCAACCACUGUCUUUGCUUUGGGAAAAUACACACGUUUUGUCAAAGAUUUUCUGGAGUCAGCAGAGCAACAUUAUUUUGUUGGAUUUCGAGUGCAUUACUACUUGUUUACAGAUCAACCAGAAUCAAUUCCUGAAGUGAAGAUGGGUGAAAACCGUAGUUUGACAAUUGAAAAGGUUCCGACUAUGAAUCGAUGGCAGGACAUCAGUAUGAACAGGAUGGAAAAAAUAGAACAACUAAUAGAGAAUGAACUAGUCAAUGAGGCAGAUUAUAUUUUCUGCCUUGACAUAGAUGGAAAGUUCUAUGGCCGGUGGGGUGCAGAGACUUUGGGUCGUCUCGUAGGUGUGUUACAUCCUUGGCUCUUUAAUGUUCCAAGAAAUCAAUUCACAUAUGAGCGCAGGCCAGAAUCUAAAGCAUACAUUCCCGUUGAGGAGGGUGAUUAUUAUUACGCUGGUGCUGCAUUUGGUGGCUUUUUGGAGGAUGUACAUCUUCUCACCAAAACCUGCAGGGAGCAUCUGAAAAAUGAUGCUGAAAACUCUACUGAGGCGGUAUGACAAGAGGAGUCUCACUUGAACAAGUUUUUCCUUUUGAACAAACCUAGUAAACUGCUGUCUCCUGAAUAUAUGUGGAGGGACGUCAAUGAAAAAUCUGCCUUAAUAAAAAUAGUUCGCUACACUAAUGUACCUAAAAACUAUGCUGAAGUUCGUCCAAACCCGUAACAACUGUUGCCAAUACUCAGCUACACGUAAAUGUUGUGUUCUCACAGUCCUCCCAUUACAUAUUGUGAAUCUGUUAACAGGUAAUACUGGCAACAGUGAAGAUGACAUCUGCCACCAAGAAGUGAAUAAUCACUGAAAAGUACAGAUGUUUAUGAGCACAAUGUAGCAUCAGAAACAAUAUCUAACAAAAUAUUUUAGAAUGAACAAACACGAUAUCUUAUAAAAACACAAUGCUAAAAAUAAAAUAAAUAGAUUUUCGAGACAGAAGACAGAGGUAUAUUUUAGGGGUCAAUAUCGCUAUAUAGUGCUUUUCAACCCUCACAAUGUUUUUAAUUUCUCAGUCGCGCUAUGAAAUAUAAUAAAUAGUAAACACUCAAAUACCAUAGAAACAUAUUAGCUGAGCUCCACACACAUUAUUUGUAGAUAAUUAUGGGCCAUUAUUCAAAGCAUACAGUAAACCAUAAGAUAUAUCCACCCUUUCAUGGACAUAUAUAUUAAUUUUAAAAUAUGUUUUCAUUGCAAAAUUAAGAUGCUAAUUAUAUUUCCUGAUAGGUAUGAUGUCCCUUUCCUAAACUGGGUUAUCAAAAAAACAUUAUAAUAAUGAAAAAUAAUAUAAAUAUAGCUGCAAGCAGCAUUUACCGGGGUUCAAGCAUAUUAAGGCCUUUGAGGUGGUCUUGGCCAACCUGGAUGUAUGGCUGACAGUUAAACGCAUCCAAAAUGAAGAAUAGGCUCACAUACACACAAACUAAAAUUAAAUGAUUAAACUAGUAUAUCAAUACUCUACAAGCAUAUUCUCACAGACUCAUAUACACACAAAGACACACACAUACACAGCUAUAUAUACAGUACACACAUUUUGUUUCAGGUAUAGAUAUUUUAAAUAAGUAAUAGGUGAUACAAAACUUAUUGCAAGUCUUCUCUUUUUAGAGUUUAGAUGUCAUUUUCAGGUUUAACUGUAAUCAUAAUCUGGCAAAAGUGUAAAAACUGAUAUAUCUGUAUGAACAAAAUUGUUAGCUUUGAAUCAAUGAGAUUUAAAGUGUUACAACAGUGAUUUUAUAAUGUUUAAGCAUUCAAAUGAAUCCAAAAGGAAAUCUAUGAAAAAAAGUACUGUUUCAGAGUUUAAUAAGACCAUUAGUGGUCUUCCGCUGCCAUCUAGUGGUUAUACAUUGCAAUUUCUCAUACAUCACUUUGUUUAACCUUUAUUACAAUUAAAGUGUUAUAUUUUCCCCCAAUCUCUUUAAAAUUUUGCAUGCUUCUUUAGAAUAAAAUUAUGCAUUAUUUUACACAGUUUUGAGACUUUGUGGGCUUUCUUUUGUUAUUU